GAGCCUGCUGCCCAGAGCCCCAUGAAGCUGACCGCCCUGCAGCUGCUACUGUGGUAUGAGGCACUCUGGCUGGUUCAAGCAGCCGCCCCCCUGGGCCCUACCAGCUCCCUGCCCCAGAGCUUCCUGCUCAAGUGCUUAGAGCAAAUGAGGAAGGUGCAGGCUGACAGCACCGUGCUGCAGGAGAGGCUGUGCGCCACCCACAAGCUGUGCCACCCCGAGGAGCUGGUGCUUCUCGGACACGCUUUGGGCAUCCCCCAGCCUUCCCUGAGUGGCUGCUCCAGCCAGGCCCUGCAGCUGACGGGCUGCCUGCGUCAACUCCACAGCGCCCUCGUCCUCUACCAGGGCCUCCUGCAGGCUCUGACAGGGCUACCCCCUGAGCUCACCCCUGCCUUGGAAACGCUGCAGCUGGACAUCGGCGACUUCGCCAUCAACCUCUGGCGGGAGAUGGAAGAGCUGGGGGUGGCCCCGGCAGUGCCACCCACCCAGGGUGCCAUGCCAGCCUUCACCUCGGCCUUCCAGCGCCGGGCCGGAGGGGUCCUGGUGGCCUCCAACCUGCAGAGCUUCCUGGAGCUGGCCUACCGUGCUCUGCGCGCCUUUGCCAAACCCUGA